AUCAUCUUCAGACAAGCAUUAAAACACUUGCUCUGUUUUAAAACACCAGUGUCGUUAUAUUUAUUAGUGCGAAAUGAAGAUUGCUCUUGCUGUUCUUGCCACUGUGGCUCUUGUGUUUGCUGAACCUCCAGUGCCCAGUAGUCAGUAUCUGCCCAGCAACCAGUACGGACCUCCAAGACCAUUUUCUCCCCCUUCGAACCAAUAUGGGGCUCCUGCACAAACUGCUGCAUUUGUGAGACCUAGUAAUCAGUACGGUGCCCCUCGUCCAGGUGGUAAUUAUCUACCACCUAACAAUGGAGGAAAUGGUGGCUUUGGAGGAAAUGGUGGUUAUGGAGGAAAUGGUGGAUACGAUGAUCAGUCCGAACCCGCAAACUACAACUUCGAGUACCACGUUCAAGACGCUCCUUCUGGCAACGAUUUCGGUCACCAGGAAUCUCGUCAAGGCGAUGUUGCUCAGGGAAAGUACUACGUCUUGCUUCCUGAUGGCAGACGUCAAACUGUGGAAUACGUAGCCGAUAACGGAGGAUACAAGCCUAAGAUUUCUUACGAGCAGGUCAGCAACGGUUUCGGUGGAGGUUUCGGAAGCGGCGGUUAUCCGGGUGGCGCCAACGGAGGUUACCCAAGCGGCGGAGGUAAUGGAGGUUACCCAAGCGGCGGAGGUAAUGGAGGAUAUCAAUAUUAAGAAACAGUAGAUAGAAUAGAAAAUUACAAUCAUUCUUGAUGCAGAUGUUAACGUCAUUAUAUCGUCUUUUCUUUUGUGAUAUCAUGUUUUGACAUUCAUAAUUUUUCAAAUAUCAUUCUUUCAUCUGUAAUUUUGACAUCUUAUCAAGUAUUACAAGUACCUUAAUAGUCCCUGGUUUCGACCGGACUAUAUCAAUGUAGUUAAUGUAUUAAAUAUUCAUGACUUUAUGUGGAUAACCAAAACGCGAAUAUGGACAACGAUUAACAUAAAAUGAAUGAAAUA